AUGAAGUUCGUUUCUACAAUCAUCUUUUUCGGUCUUACCAGCCUUGCCUUGUCUCUUCCCCUGGACUAUACUACACCUGAAUCCAAUAGCAUCAUCAGACGUGAAGAAAGUGGUGCAGGGGAUGGAUACUAUCUCAUCAAGCGCGGAGAGGAUGGUUCUGACGACGGCUAUUAUCUCAUCAGACGUUCCGAAGAUGGCACCGAGGGUACGGGCGAUGGCUAUUACCUGAUUAAGCGUGGAGAGGAUAGUUCUAACGACGGUUAUUAUCUUAUCAAACGCUCCGAAGAUGGCACCGCGGGUACGGAUGAUGGCUAUUACCUGAUUAAGCGCGGAGAGGAUGGUUCUGAUGAUGGCUAUUACCUGAUUAAGCGCGGAGAGGAUGGUUCUGAUGAUGGCUAUUACCUGAUCAAGCGCGGAGAGAAURGCUCUGAUGAUGGCUAUUACCUGAUCAAGCGCGGAGAGAAUGGCUCUGAUGAUGGCUAUUACCUGAUCAAGCGCGGAGAGAAUGGUUCUGAUGAUGGCUACUACCUGAUUUGA